ACAAGAGGGCAAGACUGAUAACUCUUCAAAACCCUCUCUGCCCGCGACUUUUAUAUAAACGGGUCGAUUUCGUUGCUUUUGGAUUGGUAAAGCUCGUGUCGAUCUGCAAAUCCCAUGAAGCUCGUUAAAAUGUGUUCAUCGUCGUUACUCUGUCAUGAUUUGGUGUUAUUCGAUUUGAUGGUGCUGGUUUCUUGAUAGGGACUUGCAGUCACUUUGCUAGCCAUGGUAGAUUACGGAGGAAACCUUGAGAACGGAUUGGCUAACAGUCGAGAUACUCGAUCUCAGUGGAACCCCCCGAUUGAGACCGGAAUUGCAAAUUUAGUCGACAGGUUCUCUGGAUUGGGUGUCCAUGAUUCUUCCAAUGAUAGUUUAUUUCAGGUCAUGAAGGCACUUGAAGCCGCUGAGAGCGCCAUCAAGCAACAGGCAGAAGAGAGUAAUUGUUUGAGGAGUGAAAUUCAACGAAAAGAAGAACAACUAGAAAGAUAUAAAUCAGAUGAUUCUUCUGUUCUAAGACCUCAUUCAGAUGGUUUAAGUGAGCAUAUUCUGGGACCCUACAAACCCCGUCAAUCUGUUUCACCUGUAGAGAAUCAAGAAGAUAGGUUCAGAUGGAUGGAUAAUACUUCGUCACUUGGCCUGCAUGGUACACUAGUUCUUAACCAAAAUACAGUGCCAAAAAAUGGGGAUCCUGCCAUGCAGAGUCGGUCAGAAAGCCGGUACUACUCUGAGGGUAACAAGGUAAAUGGAAAUUUGAAGGUACUUUCUGGUGCACAGGCAGCUGGAGACAGUGCUGGAUAUUCCCAGUUUUCCUCCCCAUCUUCAAGAUCUUUUUCUCCUACCAGGUACCAAAGGGAAGGGGAUUGUGAUCCCAAGUUUAACUUAUCCGGACAAAGGCUGAUGCCAGUAUCUGAAGCCAAUAACUGUAGCAGCCUUUGGAAACAGGAUCUUGUGCUUAAGGUUCGCGAGCAUGAAGAAGAGAUUAUGCAUCUGCGGAACCAUCUUGCUGAGUAUUCCAGCAAGGAAAUACAAAUACGUAAUGAGAAAUAUGUCCUGGAAAAACGAAUUGCCUACAUGCGUUUGGCAUUUGAUCAGCAGCAGCAAGACCUGGUUGAUGCGGCAUCAAAAGCUCUUUCAUACAGACAAGAUAUAAUUGAGGAAAACAUACGUCUUACCUAUGCGUUGCAGGCUGCACAUCAGGAAAGAUCAACAUUUGUCUCAUCUUUGCUUCCUCUCCUGGCAGAGUAUUCUUUGCAGCCGCCUGUGCCUGAUGCCCAAUCUAUAGUUAAUAAUCUGAAGGUUCUGUUUAGACAUUUGCAGGAGAAACUCCUUGUUACUGAGACCAAGUUAAAGGAGUCUCAGUAUCAGUUAGCUCCAUGGCGGUCUGAUGCAUUUCCUCCAACCUCACCAGUUCUUUCCCUUAAUGCGGUACUGACUACUUCAAACAAAAAUGGGCUUGAACUGGUGCCUCAGCCAACAUACCCUCAUGGGCAGACACCAAUAUCUUCUCCUUCUAAUGUUCAGACAACCACAGGUUGGGCCCCAUUACCUUUCAGUGCUGUCAAUACAAAAAAUCUGGAUCUGGAUAAUUUGGGAAGGUCUUCCCCUUCUGCAGGCAGGAAUUCUGCAGCCCAAGAUGUACCUUCACAACUUUUGGUUUCUAAUCGUGAUUCUCAUGGCACACGUUUUGCUGAAGAGGCCAACAACAAACAGCUCUCUUUUAACGAUAUUGUUAGUGGCAAUGAGAUGGAUGAUCCAGAUGCCGCUGGUCACCAGAGUGCGAGAGAUCCUUCUUCCAAUUGGGGGUCUGGAAACUCUCCUUAUAUGACGCCUACGCAUGAUGAUCCACAUUCUGCAUUUCCUCCUUAUUUACCACCAGUACUGGAGGAACCUUCUUCCUCGUUUUCUGAAGCUGCAGAAGAUGAUCCUCUACCAGCCAUAGAAGGACUUCAAAUUUCAGGAGAAGCUUUUCCUGGUCGAGAACUUCAGACAAGUGGCUACUCCAUUAAUGGAACAACCAGUUGUAACUUUGAGUGGGUACGCCAUUUGGAAGAUGGGUCUGUGAAAUACAUUGAGGGGGCAAAGCAACCUAAUUAUUUAGUUACUGCGGAUGAUGUUGACUCAUACCUUGCUAUUGAGGUCCAACCUUUGGAUGACAGGAAGCGCAAGGGUGAACUUGUAAAGGUCUUUGCAAAUGGCCAAAGAAAGAUUACUUGUGAUCCUGAAAUGCAAGAACAAAUAGAGAAGACCCUCUAUAGUGGACAUGCUUCAUAUGACGUUUCCUUAUCGGCUGGAUAUCUUGAUAUCUGGGAACCAGCUAUUUUGGCCAUUAAGAGGGAAGGUUACAGUUUCAAAAGCAAAGGCCCUCGUGGUGUUAUUCACACAGAAAAGUUUCAGCCAACCACAACUGUUGCAAUUCCCUUUGGCCAUGCGACUGAAUUUCUAGUACUUAGUUCUGGUGGGGAUGAAAACCUCUUGCGAACAGAUAACAGCCAGUUAAGGGAUAUCAUUGUUCUUACCAUGAGAUUGUUUAUCAUGCGGGCUGUUGAGAAAAGGAAAGGGAGGAAGAAGGGACUGUUCUUUAACAAGUAGGGGGCAUUUUUCCCUCAGACCAGCUGGGGGCAUUUAUUGUAAGGAGUGUAAUUACAUGGCUGUGUACUUUAUGAGUGGAUGUGAUGUAGAUUUCACAUGCAAGUAUACUGCUAAAUGAUCUUGUAAUAAUGAUGAUCAAUUAAGUGUGAUGUUGUCAUGUUCAUUCUCUGUACUUGGUGGAAAAUUUUCUUCCCCUCUAAAUAGGUUCGGGGGUUGAAGGCA